AUGAGCUCCAAGAGUGUAGGACCAGGGUUCUACAAGGCGUUGUCAGGGAACAUCAGGUGUUCAAAGUGUCCUCCGCACAGUUCCAGCCAUGACCAGGCAGCCACGCUCUGCCACUGUGACAGAGGCUUCUACCGGGCAGCCAAGGACCCCUCCACCAUGGCAUGCACACGUGAGUUACUGUACUUCUCCUCUGUGUGUGUGUGUGUGGGCGGGGAGGGUUGAGAGAGAAAGAGAGACAGAGAGAGACAGAACCAUAAAUAAAUAAAAAGUGGGUUUUCUGGCAUCGUAUCUCAGGCUCUGUGGCUGUAGCUGUGUAUCUAGUACUCUAACCCACCUUCUAGAAGACAGCUAGUCAUGUCACACCUGGCUCAGAACGGGGGAGGGAGAGGGAGAGGGGGAGGGAGAGGGGGAGAGCUAGUCAUGUCACACCUGGCUCAGAACAGGGGAGGGGGAGGGAGAGGGGGAGGGGGGGGGGGGGGGGGUGUAGAGAGAGGGGGGAGGGUAGGUAGGUAGAGGGAUGAGGGGGGGAGGGGGAGGGAGAGGGGGGAGCGGGUGGGAGGGAGAAAGGGUAGAAGCGAUAUGGGUUAACUACUACAUCCAUUUAUGGUGGAGAAUAAUAAUCAUCAUAAUAAUAAUUUUAUUUUAAGCUCUUUUCACGACAACCAAAGUCAUUAUUACACAGUAGGAUAAAAAGCUAUAAAAUAAGUAAUUAUAUAAACAUGAUGACAGACUAACCAUCAAAACUAUGAAAUAACAAAUAUGGAAUCAUGUAGUAACCAAAAAAGUGUUAAACAAACCAGAAUAUAUAUUUUAUAUUUGAGAUUCUUCAAAGUAGCCACCCUUUGCCUUGAUGACAGCUUUGCACACUCUUGACAUUCUCUCAACCAGCUUCACCUGGAAUGCUUUUCCAACAGUCUUGAAGGAGUUCCCACAUAUGCUGAGCACUGCUUUUCCUUCACUCUGCGGUCCAACACAUCCCAAACCAUCUCAAUUUGGUUGAGGUCGGGUGAUUGUGGAGGCCAGGUCAUCUGAUGCAGCACUCCAUCACUCUCCUUCUUGGUCAAAUAGCCCUUACACAGCCUGGAGGUGUGUUGGGUCAUUGUCCUGUUGAAAAACAAACGAUAGUCCCACUAAGCCCAAACCAGAUGGGAUGGCGUAUCGCUGCAAAAUGCUGUGGUAGCCAUGCUGGUUAAGUGUGCCUUGAAUUCUAAAGAAAUCACAGACUGGUGACACUGUCUGUGUUUCUUCAAGUGCAGUCCCCACACCAUCACACCUCCUCCUCCAAGCUUCACGGUGGGAACCACACAUGCGGAGAUCAUCCGUUCACCUACUCUGCGUCUCACAAAGACACGGCGGUUGGAACCAAAAAUCUCCAAUUUGGAGUCCAGACCAAAGGACACAUUUCCACCGGUCUAAUGUCCAUUGCUCGUGUUUCUUGGCCCAAGCAAGUCUCUUCUUCUUAUUGGUGUCCUUUAGUAGUGGUUUCUUUGCAGCAAUUCGACCAUGAAGGCUUGAUUCACACAGUCUCCUCUGAACAGUUGAUGUUGAGAUGUGUCUGUUACUUGAACUCUGUGAAGCAUUUAUUUGGGCUGCAAUUUCUGAGGCUGGUAACUCUAAUGAACUUAUCCUCUGCAGCAGAGGUAACUCUGGGUCUUCCAUUCCUGUGGCGGUCCUCAUUAGAGCCAGUUUCAUCAUAGCGCUUGAUGGUGUUUGCGACUGUACUUGAAGAAACUUUCAAAGUUCUUGUCUUAAAGUAAUGAUGGACUGUCGUUUCUCUUUGCUUAUUUGAGCUGUUCUUGCCAUAAUAUGGACUUGGUCUUUUACCAAAUAGGGCUAUCUUCUGUAUACCUUGUCACAACACAACUGAUUGUCUCAAACGCAUUAAGAAAGAAAGAAAUUCUACAAAUUAACUUUUAAGAAGGCACACCUGUUAAUUGAAAUGCAUUCCAGGAGACUACCUCGUGAAGCUGGUUGAGAGAAUGCCAAGAGUGUGCAAAGCUGUCAUCAAGGCAAAGGGUGGCUAUUUGAAGAAUCUCAAAUAUAAAAUAUAUUUUGAUUUGUUUAACACUUUUGUGGUUACUACAUGAUUCCAUAUUUGUUAUUUCAUAGUUUUGAUGUCUUCACUAUUAUUCUACAAUGUAGAAAAUAGUAAAAAAUAAAGAAAAACCCUUCAAUGAAUAGGUGUUCUAAAACUUUUGACCGGUAGUGUCAAUGAUGCAGACAAUUACGUUGAUGGAAGGUACAAUCUAUCUGCGCUAUUAAAGUUGAUCUAACCCCUGAGAAUAAAAGAGGGAGUGGCAGAGUGGGUCUGGAUGUGGAUGUGAGCAUAACAGUGAAAUCUGAGUCCAAAUUGACGGAGGAUCUGACCAAGGGGUAGCAUGUAAAUACUAAACAGUAAUGGACCCAACACUGAGCCUUGUGGGACACCUUGUGAUACAGGGACUGUAGUUGGGGAGGAAGGGGAGGUUUGAGGUAGGCCUGUAGUUGGUGAGGAAGGGGAGGUUUGAGGUAGGCCUGUAGUUGGUGAGGAAGGGGAGGUUUGAGGUAGGCCUGUAGUUGGGGAGGAAGGGGAGGUUUGAGGUAGGCCUGUAGUUGGGGAGGAAGGGGAGGUAUGAGGUAGGCCUGUAGUUGGGGAGGUUUGAGGUAGGCCUGUAGUUGGGGAGGAAGGGGAGGUUUGAGGUAGGCCUGUAGUUGGGGAGGAAGGGGAGGUUUGAGGUAGGCCUGUAGUUGGGGAGGAAGGGGAGGUUUGAGGUAGGCCUGUAGUUGGGGAGGAUCUCAGGGUCCAGGCCCUGUUUCUUCAGUAUGGGAGUUAUAGCCGCUGUUUUCAAAGAAGUAGGAACGAUGCCAGAUGUGAGGGAUACAUUUUACAACCUUGACCAUCAGGGGGCAGAGAACAGGGAGGCAUGCUUUAACUACGGCAGUGAGUAUGGGGUCAAGGGAGCAGGUUGUGGUUUGGGGUUUAGAAAAUACUUCAGUAGUGGUGGUUUCAUUAACAAGGGAGAUGACAUGAAGUCUGUUCACAGAUGGUCGGGUGUAUAUCUGGUCUGCUCCCCUCCCUCCCCUCCCUCCCUCCCUCCCUCCCUCCCUCCCUCCCUCCCUCCCUCCCUCCCUCUCCCUCCCUCCUUCCCUCCUCUUUCUCUCUCCAGGCUCUCCAUCGGCCCCCAGGAACCUGAUCGCUCUCAUUAACGAGACGGCUCUGUUCCUCACCUGGUCUCCGCCAAGCGACAGCGGUGGCAGGAAGGACCUCACCUAUAACAUCGUGUGCCAUCGCUGCGGCGGGGGUGGCAGUGGCGCCUCCGGUGGCGGGGAGGACUGUGAGCCGUGUGAGGCCGACCUGCGCUUCGUACCAGGCCCCCUGGGCCUCACCGGGACCUCCGUGGCUGUUCUGGACUUGGCCCCCCACGCCAACUACACCUUCCACGUAGAGACUGUCAAUGGAGUGUCUGGGCUGGGCCAGAACAUCAGGCCCCUGGCUAACAUCACUGUUACUACGGACCAGACUGGUGAGUACUGA